AUGUCGACGUCUUCAGAUCUAUCCCCACCCCCUCCGUCUUUACUGCGGCCCCUGGAUUUUCCCCAUAAAGUUUUAAUGGGGCCUGGGCCAUCAAACUGCCCACCAAGAGUGCUUGCAGCCUGUGCUUUGCCGAUGUUAGGACAUCUUCAUCCGGAAUUCAUCAAGAUUAUGGAUGAAGUGAAAGAAGGAUUAAAAUAUGCUUUCCAAACAGACAAUACUUGGACUUUUGUUAUUUCUGGAACAGGACAUGCUGCUAUGGAAGCUGCUUGUAGUAACUUACUUGAACAAGAUGAAGUAGCUCUAGUCUGUCAAAAUGGAAUCUGGGGUGAACGUUUUGCUGAUAUGGUGGAAAGAAAUGGGUCAGUUGCUCAGAAAUUAAUCAGACCAAUGGGAGAAGUUUUUAAUUUGAAAGAAAUUGAAGAGGGUUUACAGAAGCACAAACCUAAAAUAUUAUUUAUUACCCAUGGGGAAUCAUCAGGUGCUACAGCUCAACCUUUAGAGGGUAUUGGAGAACUUUGUCACAAAAAUAACUGUUUAUUAUUAGUUGAUUCUGUGGCUGCUCUAGGAGGUGUUCCUAUGUAUAUGGAUAAAUUUGGUAUUGAUGUCUUGUAUUCUGGUUCACAGAAAGUUUUAAGUUCACCUCCAGGAGCCAGUCCAAUAUCUUUCUCUAAUAGAGCCAGAGAAGCUGUAUUGAAUCGUAAAAGUCGAUGUCGUUCGUAUUAUUUUGAUGCUAAUGAACUGGCUAAUUAUUGGGGCUGUGAUGACAAACCUAGACGAUACCAUCAUACUGCUCCUAUUACUAGUGUUUAUGCCUUGAGAGAAGGUUUAGCUAGAUUAGCUGAAUUGGGUUUAGAAGAGAGUUGGAAGAAUAACAAAGUAUGUGCUGAACAAUUAUGGGAAGGAGUAGAAAAGAUGGGUUUAGAACUGUUAGUACCUCAGAAAGAAUUACGCAAUCCUUGUGUAACAGCUAUAAAGGUACCUGAUGGAGUCAACUGGAAAGAUGUCUCUGAUUAUGCUAUGAAAAAUUACCGUGUGGAGAUUUCGGGUGGUCUUGGAAUGAUGGCUGGAAAAAUAUGGCGAGUAGGAAUUAUGGGAUACAAUGCCACUCCGGACAAUAUCCGAUUGGUAUUACGUGGUUUAAAGGAAGGAGUUGAAAACUGUAAAAAAUAA